AGCUCUGUCUAGAAGCAGCACUCCAGCGGAGCAGAGCAACUAAAACUAGUCAAAGUCUAUGCAUUAAACUAUUUGAUUUCAAUUCAAAUUCAGUUUCGGUUCGAAUGCGGAUUUUGUUUUGAUUGGAAAUUGGAAACAGCCGAUGUGGAUUAACCGUUAACCCGUGCUCCGAAAGCCCGUUAAAGAACCGCAAAAACAAAAAAGGAGCUGAAAGAGAAACAAAAGGCAAACGCAGAGUAGACGGAACUAACACACACGAUCCAGCAAAAAUGGCGCAACCAUUGAAAUUCUACUUUGAUUUCCUGAACCAAUCCAGUCGGGCACUCUACAUAUUCCUGGAGGCCUCCAAGAUACCGUUCGAGGCGAUACCCAUAUCGAUGCUCAAAGGCGAACACUUGACGGGUGAAUUUCGGGACAAGGUGAACCGAUUCCGUAAGCUGCCAGCGAUCACCGACCAUGGCUACCAGCUGUCGGAGAAUGUGGCCAUCUUUCGGCAUUUGGCGCGGGAGAAGCUCGUGCCGGAGCACUGGUAUCCGCGGAGACAGCUCGGACGCAGCCGCAUCGACGAGUACUUGGCCUGGCAGCAAACGAACAUGGAUGUGGCCUGCACGGACUACUUCCAGCAGAAGUGGCUGGUGCCGUAUCUGCAGAAGACGCGUCCAAUGGAGAAUGCGGUGAAUGUCGCUGGCAAGCAGCUGGAGCACACGCUCAAUGAUUUCGAGCAGCUCUUCCUCAACUCGCGCAAAUUCAUGAUGGGUGACAACAUCUCGUUUGCCGAUCUCAGUGCCAUCUGUGAGAUCGAUCAGCCCAAGUCUAUUGGCUUCAAUGCCUUCCAGAAUCGCAACAAGUUGGCGCGCUGGUACGAGGCUGUGCGCGACGAGCUGGGGCCCUACUACAAGGACGUUCACGGGGAGUUCGAGGCCAAGCUGAAGCAGAGCGGCAGUAGCAAUCAGGGCGUGGCCCAGGCCCUGAAGCAGUAAAGAGAGCCAGCCGCCCCAGGAUCCAAAACCACCACAAAACUUGAUUAGUUUUAACGAUUAUUAAUUAUUAAUUCUCUUU